GUCAGAGUUGGAACAGAAAUUGAGCUGGUCCUCCCCUGCCCUCACCAAGCCUCAUGUUCUGGGACAAAUGUCACUCUCUGGAUUUGGGUUUGGCAUGAGGUGUAGGCAGAGUGUGUGGGGUCUAAUGAGUCUCAGAUCGGCUAUGAACGAUCCCCAGACCUGCUGUCUCUUCAGAAUCAUCCUUCAGGGAGAGCAGAGUAAGGGCCUGGCAGGGGCUGUUCCCCUUCCUGUGAGGCCACAGAUGAGGAACCUGUGACGUGUCACACACAGCCUGGACCUUCUCACACUCCAUACGUCCGUCUGUCCUGCUGGGCUCUGUGGUCUUUUUAAGUCAUCUGGACCAACCAUGGGAGGCAGGGCCAGGACACCUACUCUCACUGCCCUUCUCUGUCUUGGGCUGUGUCAGGGCCCAUGGGACAGUGUACAGGCGGGAUCCCUCCCCAAACCCUCCAUCUGGGCUGACCCAGGACCCAUGGUCACUAGGGGGAGCCCUGUCACCAUCUGGUGUCAGGGGUCUCUGCCAGCUGAUGUCUAUCAUCUGUAUAAAGAGAGGGUCUCUAAACCCUUGUAUACAGAGGCCCCACAGCAUUCCAGCAACAAGAUCAGUUUCUGCAUCGAACCUGUGAGCACACACACUGCAGGGCUCUAUCAGUGUGCAUAUAACACCAGCAGGAAUGGCUCAUCAGAGCGCAGUGAACCCCUGCCACUGGUGGUGACAGGAGAGUAUGGUGCACCCUCCCUCUCAGCCCACCCGGGACGUGUGGUGGCAAAAGGAGGGAAUGUGUCCCUCUCCUGUAGCUCAGAGUCCACAGUGGACACUUUCCAUCUGCUGAAGGAGGGAGGAGCUGACCCGCCCCGACACAUGGAAUUGAGGACCUAUCCUGGGAUGGGACAAGCUGUCUUCCCUCUGGGCCCUGUGAACACCUCCCAUGGGGGGACCUACAGAUGCUAUGGUUCUCACAGCUCCUACCCGUAUGCGUGGUCUCACCCCAGCCACCCUCUGCAUCUCAAGGUGACAGGCGUGUACAGGGAGCCCUCCCUCUCAGCCCAUCCUGGCUCCCUGGUGCUCUCUGGAGACAACCUGACCCUCCAGUGUCACUCAGAGGCUGGCUUUAAGAGAUUUGCUCUGACGAAAGUCAAGGGGCUCACAACCCCCCAGCGUCUUCAUGGGCAGCAGAGCCCCGACUUCCCCCUGGGCCAUGUGAACAGCACCCACGGGGGCCAGUACAGAUGCUUUGGUAGACACAACGUCUCCUAUGCGUGGUCACACCCCAGCGCCCCCCUGGACAUCCUGAUCGCGGGAAUGUAUGAGAAACCCUCCCUCUCAGCCCAGCCGGGGCCCUCAGUGUCCUGGGGAGAGAACGUUACUCUGCAGUGCCGCUCUGAGAUCUGGUUGGAUGCCUUCCUUCUGUCCAAGGAGGGGUCACUUGCUCCUCCCCAGCGCCUUCAUCUGCAGGACAAGGCUCCACCCUUUCAGGCCAACUUCACCAUCAGUUCUGUGACCUCAGACCAUGAGGGGACUUACAGGUGCUACAGUUCAGACAGCACCUCUCCCUACCUGUUAUCAGCCCCCAGUAACGCCCUGGAUCUUCGGGUCUCAGGCUCUGAGGAUGGACUCUCCUCCACGGAGUCAGGCACAUGGUGGGGUCUCAAAUCGUACCUGAACGCUCUGAUUGGGGUCUCGGUGACCUUUGUCCUGCUGAUUUCCGUUCUUCUCUUGCUCCGCCUCAUCUGGCAUCAGGGCAAACACAGGAUGCUGGACUCUGUCCAUCAUGACCUUGCCCAGAGACAGGCUGAUCUCCAACUUCCCGCAGGGGCUGCAGACCCAGAGCCCAAGGACAGAGGCCUGCAGAUCAGGAAAUUCCUCUCCAGCCCAGCUGCUGAGGCCCAGGAAGAGACCCUCUCAGAUGCUGCCGUGAAGGACACACAGCCUGAGGAGGGGGUGGAGCUGGAGCAUCAGCAGGGCCCCCACGAUGAAGACCCCCAGGGAGUGACAUACGCCCAGAUGAACCACUCAAGAUCAAGACUCAGGUGGGGGGUGGCCACCUCUCGUUCCCCGCUGUCAGAGGAAUCACUGGACACUAAGACCACACAAGCAGAAGAGGACAGACAGAUGGACAGUCAGGCUGCCGCAUCUGCGGUCCCCCAGGAUGUGACCUACGCCCAGUUGAACCACUUGAGCGUCAGACAGGAGAUGACACCCCCUUCCUCCCAGCCAGAGGAGCCCCCAGCAGAGCCCAGUGUGUAUGCUGCUCUGGCCAUCCAGAAGAAUGACCGAGCGCAGGAAUGACCAGUCCAGGAAUGACCCAGACCCACUCUCCAGGGAGGGAGACUGCAGAGACCCCAGAAGGCAUGGGAGCUUCCCCUAGUGGACACCUCCUAGUGACCCCCAGCCAGCCUGGACUCCUAACAUGGACCACCAGGGGCUUCUGGGACAGUUUGGGAGUCACCUGAUUCUGAAUUCAAAGAUAACAGAUAUCCUCACAUUUGGGGAAUAAAGCAACAGACUUCUCAAUAAUCCAUGAGUGAAAUGAGAAAUCCAAAACAGAAGAGAGAGAAUAUUUUAAACUGAAUAAUAAUGUAAAUAUUACACAUAAAACUGACCAAAUGUGAAAAGUAAGAACCGCUAAUGAAUGAAUAUCUUAGAAAAGAAAAGCCUAAAAAAAA